ACCAACAUUUGGUUUCCUCUUCCGUUUGUUGAGUUGAGUUUUGAGAAAAUCACAUUUAAUUGUAUUUUCUUGUUGUAUUUUUAUUAAUUUGCUAUUAAUUUAGUUUAUUUAAAUUAAACAAUCAUGCCACCAAAAGCCGAUCCAUCGGAAAUCAAAAUUGUUUACCUUAGAGCUGUUGGUGGUGAAGUUGGUGCUACCUCAUCACUUGCUCCUAAAAUUGGUCCUCUUGGUUUAUCACCAAAAAAAGUUGGUGACGAUAUUGCUAAAGCAACAUCUGAAUGGAAAGGACUUAAAGUUACUGUUAAAUUAACCAUUCAAAACAGACAGGCUACCAUUGAUGUCGUACCAAGUGCUGCUAGUUUAGUUAUUCGAGCACUCAAAGAACCACCAAGAGAUCGUAAAAAGGUUAAAAAUGUUAAACACAAUGGAAAUCUUUCUUUCGAUGAUAUCUUGUCGGUAGCUCGAGCAAUGCGACCACGAAGUAUGGCCAAACAAUUGGAAGGAACAGUGAAAGAAAUUCUCGGUACCUGUCAAAGUGUAGGAUGUACAGUUGAAGGUAUCAAUCCACAUGCCCUGAUCGAAAAGAUUAAUAACAAAGAGGUGGAAGUGCCAGCUGAAUAACCUUUCCAAUGGUUACUCAGCUAGUAUCAAACUGUUUUUCAAAUAUCUAAAGUAAAUUAAAAAAAAAAGAGUCAAAAAAAGUGA